CAAAAAUGGCUGCCAAAAAAGAUUUUCCUGCAAAAAAUGAAUCAUAUUUAUCAUUUUCUCGGAGAAAGACAUGUUAGUGAAUUAAAUAACCUUUGUUAUGUGAGAAAGUAUAUUUUAGAGAUGAUUCGAAAGGCUGUCAUUAAUAUGAUUAUGUACGAAGUGAAGUGAAAACAAGUGAUAUUUUAUCACACUGCAAUCAAUUUUCAAUGGUAUAAUUCGUUAACUAUUUUGUUUGAGAAUGCUGUUAAUCUUCAACUAAGAAACCAAUGUAAAGAGGAAAACAAACUGAACUUAACUGAUGGAAAACAAAUUGUCUCACCAAGGCUGUGAUAUGAUGUCAAUGAAGCACAAAAAUGUAAGCCAAUGAAACAAGUAACAAUGGAAAAAGAUAGACAGAUCCCUAAUGAGACGAAGAGGUUAUCAAGCACUACAAUUGCUGCCCACAGUAAAGAAACUAUACUUACAAAUGGUUGUGAGGAUAGCAACCAGGGGACUCAUACAAAUUUCCAAAGGCAGACAGAUAUGAUGAAUGGACACGCCACUUGUGUAGCUAUACAAUGUAAUGGCAACAAUUUAGUAAAUGAUUUAGAAUUAGAAGAAAAUGAAUACUUACAAGAUCAUGCAAAUGAUCAAAGAGAAACGAAUGAUAGAAAGAAGAAAAAUAAUGGGAAGAAAGACAUGAAGAUUACUAUGAAUGGUAUAGAUGUAAGAUUGAAUGGCACUGGAUAUUCUAGGACUGUAUGCAAUGUGUACAGACAUGAAAAUGAUCUGAUAUUUGGAAGAACAAGAGGUGGUGUUGUGAGUAACCAAGGAACAGUCAUAGCUAAUCAUGUAGCAAAUAGUUUAGGUGAAAUCAGUCCUCCAGUUAGAACAAACGGUCAUGUAGAGGAAGUUGUUGAAACUUUAAGAGAAAGUUCUGAGAAUGGUAAAGAACUUCAAGAGUUGACUGCACCUCUUGCAACACCAGAGAGUUUCUCUGAUGAUGAUAGUGUACACGAAGAUGGCAACCAAUCACCUCAAGCAUGCAAUGGUUCUAACGAACAAACUUUAGAGCAAUUAACUAAUGUUAACAAUGUUUCACAUGAGCCGUCUGCCGAAGUAGUGUCACAGGUUGGUCAAAGUCUUUCUAUAAAUGGGUCAGAAAUACCACUGCAUAUGGGAAAUGAGGUGCUAAACAGUGGCGAGUCUUCAGAUAGUCUGAUUUGUGACGACUUUGAUCAAGAAGUCAUAGAUUUGGAUGAUGUUAAAGAAAAUGGUGCUCAAGAUGAUUCAGUUAGUACUGAUAGUGAUUUAGGAUGUUUAAUGGAUAACCUAGAUUUUGAGAAUAACCAGGACGAAGAACAGGUACAGGAAGUAGAAAAUGUGGAGGUUCAAGAAACUGAAGUAGAUAAUAAUGAUGACAUUGGAGAUUUUAUCGAAGCAGACUUGCCUCCAAAUGUAGAGAGAUUAGCUUUCUUUUCAAGAGAUUCAACAUCGGAUGAGGAUGAAGGUUGUGGUGAUGAAGUUUUACCAAAUAACGAUGAAGAUAUAGUAUCUGACAAUGAGACUAUAGAUCCAACUGACGGAGGUUACAUGUCUCCAAGUAGAAUGAAUGAACAAAAAGUGUUGAACUCGGAACAGUCUUCUAAUGGGGCAUGUAAUGUGCUAUCGGCAGCCUCAAAUUCUGUAAGAGGGGAAAUGUCUAAUCUUUAUCCAUGCAAUAUUUCUUGUGAUAAAAGUACUGAAGAAAAUGAUGAUUAUGUUUCAAGUUUGGAAUGUAGGUGUUCAGAAGAAUGUGCAGUUGUAGAAUGUGCUUCAUGUAAUGAGCUGAGUCAUGAUAGAAGCUCUUCUGGGAGAGGAGAUAGAGAUAGUAAUAUUGGAAAUGGAGAUAAUUUAUGUGCAUGCUGUGAUAAACCAAUAGUUGUGGACAGCCAACGUCAUCAAGAGUUAGGGGUGGAUGUUUGUGAUAAAUGUUUUAAAGAAUUAAAUGCCGAACAAAGUCGGUGGUUUGAAAAUGGUGCAAAACACAGGACUUGGCCAGGUUCUAGGUCAAGUUCAUCCAACAAUUUUCUCAACAGAAACUGUGGCAAUGUAUUGAUGCCUUUAAACAAUAACUAUGAAAAGGUCAGUAAUAAUUCUUUCAUUUGUGCUCGAUUCAGCAGUAGUGACAGUGAUCCAUAUGAUCGGAUAUAUGUCUCUGAUUCCUCGGAGAUGAUUUCACCGGAUACAGAAACCGGUACAGAAUCAGUCUUCCAUUCAUCCAGUUUAACCAGUUCCGGCGGGACAGUUGUGCAAUCUAACCAGUCAAGAGAAGACAGAAAUCGAGGAGACAGUAGACACUUACAUCGUCAGUCAAUCUCGUUAGACUUUACUAGUCCAGAGGAAGUUUUAUACUGUCCAUACUACACACGUAGAUCACGAAGUCUGGACCAGGAACUACUCCAGUUUGAUGAUUGUAUCCAUGGUGAUGACAGACCGUUAGAGUCUGACGAGCCAAAUAUAGCCAUCUCUAGCUCAAACUUCCAAGAUGAUGAGAUUAACACACAGGAGAAAGUGUUUGAGAAGCAGCCGUACAAUGUUCCUGUAUCCCUGUCCAACUGUAACCUUCCUGUUCCAAUCCCAAGCUGUAGUAGCUCAGACGAAGAGGAGAAUAUGCGAAUGCCGGGCGCCAGUAACCAGGAUAUGGCUGGUGUCAGUGUAUUUGAUAUGGACAAUUUUGACAUCAUGCCACAGUCAGAACUUGCAGCUAAUUUAGAACUUGCAAAUGACAAUAUGUUGUAUGGCCCAUGCUCAAAGGGGAAGCACUCUAGAGGACACAAAAUGAGAAUGGAUGACAACGAGCCUAUCUAUGAAGACAUAGACCAGCUUGAGUUACUCCUAGAGGACAGUGAGAGAGAUAGUGAGAUUACAAGAACCACACAGCCACUCUGUAGUGCUAUAACCAAGCUAAGACGUAAAAGACGAACUAGAAGCCCGGUGAGUGAUGUAGAGAAGGUGAUGAUCUGGAAUGAAUACGAGGCUUAUGUUGUACAGGUUAAACAGAUAGGAACAUCAGCCUGUGGACCUACAGCUGUUCUUAAUGUACUGAAAGCUUUUGAUUUUCAAGUUGAGAAGGAGGAAGUGGCUCACACUAUAAGAUCCAACCUUAGAAUGGAGGCAGCACCAAUACCAUACUAUCUUUUCUCAAGAUACAAUGCAGGAACAACAGCACAAGAUUUAGUUGAUGGUGUUACCUCGGUCACUAGAGGAGCAAUUAGAGGCAGGUUCUUCCAUUUCUAUCCUCCUAGAGAAAUUGAAUUGCUCAAAUGGCUUGGACAUUGGAUGAAGAAGGGAGCUGUUCCCGUAGCUACAUUAAAUCUGCAGCGAGGCGUGAAACCAGGCUGGACUAUACCAGAUGCCUGGCAUCAUCAAAUGGUGUAUGGUGUUAGUAGUAAAGGUAUAUAUCUUACAAACCCACUGGAGAUAGUGCCAGAGAGUGUGAUAAUGGAACAGUUAACCAGUGAUUCGGUUCUGCUGGUAAGACGUCAGGAUGUUGUUGGCAGGUUCCGAGACUGGUGUCCACUCAAUGAGAUUAUCAAACAGCGAGAUCCAAGAUGGCGAACAAUGAAUGUGCUUGGUCAGGUAGUCCAUAUGUUACGAGAACAAUACAUGCCGGCAGAGCAGAUGAUAACAAUGAAAAGUCAGCUGACCUCACAUGUAUCUAUACCAGCGGCUUACAAGGCGGGAAUUAUACUCUUUAUGAGGGGGAAUUGCCAGUCAAUGGAAGAUCUCCUGGCUGCUCCAGAACUACCCAUGAAAUGUCAGCAAGCAGAAACUUAGCAUCUUGACUGUAUAAUCUAAACGAAAGCAAGAUGGAUUUUCGGACAGUUCAACUUCUCUAGAUCAUGCAUCUGUUUCCUGUUCCUGGGUUUGAAGUGAUAAUUUUGGUGUAUUUUUGGCUUAAAUAAUUUAUCAUAAUUUUGCUUUUAUUUUUGAACAUUUAAUCCAUCUUAUUUGUUAAAGGAAAAUAGUUUUGUGUGAACUAGGUUAAUUGUUACAAACUUAUUGUUUAAGUUAUUUGUGUAAAAAUUCCAGCUGUUCCUAUAUGAUAUAGCUAUAAUUACCUAUAAAAGAUUUUUAAAGGUGACAUUUUAUUUCUGAUGAAUGCUUAUACAGUAUCAUUUCUUUUUAAUAUACAUGUAUCACCUGUGCCAACAUAUUCAGUUAUGGGUCAGAAUUUGUCAGUGGUUGCUUAGUCCUUGGGUGACUAUGUUGAAGACAGUAUGUGCUGUCAAGAAUCAUGUUGAGGCCAGGAAUGAGAAAAUAUUCAGAGGGUGUAUCUGCUCUUAUAUAAGAUCAUUCAGAAUAUAAUCACAAAAAAAUGCUGUAUUUGCAAACAUAGCAAGAUAUAUAUCUCUUUGAUCCUUAAUUUUGCUAGUGGUGAACAGUUUUGAAUAUUGCAACCACAGGUAUGAAAAUUAAUUGUAAAAGAUUAUGUUUCAUAUCUUAGGAUAAAGCAGAAAACAAAAUGCAUGACACUUUAAUUUUUUGAAUGCGAAUGUGUCUGUAAAAAUCUGUAUGCUUCAGUUUUUUCGCACAUGUCUCAGCAAUUAAACCAUGUGUCACGGAGUUAAAUUAGCUGUCCUUAGUAAAUACUAACCAUUGUCUUUCAAUUUAGGGCAUUGUAUAAUGUUAUGCAUGUACUGUAGUUAGAGGUCUGUAGAGUUUUAAAAUAAUUUUUGUGUCCUAAGGAUUUAUAGAUUAAUUAGCUCGACUAUUAUAAUAGUGGAGCUAUUCUACCCGCCCAAACGUCGGCAUGAGUGUCACACAGAUGUUAAAGUUUGCGUACUACCCCAAAUAUUUUCAGUCCAUUGAGAUACUGCUUAGAUAUUUUGCAUACUUGUUUACCAUCAUGACCCCAGUCUGUAAAAAAGAGGAGGCAACUCUGUCAAGCAUUUUGACUGAAUUAUGGCCCCUUUUCGACUUAGAAUAUGCUUAUUGUCAUGUUAAAGUUUGCGUACCACCCCAAAUAUUUUCAAAGUCCAUUGAGAUAUUGCUUUGAUAUUUUGCAUACUUGUUUACCAUCUUGACCCCAAUCUGUAAACAGGAGAAGACAACUCUGUCAAGCAUUUUGGCUGCAUUAUGGCCCCUUUUCGACUUAGAAUAUGCUUAUUGUAAUGUUAAAGUUUUACUCAUAGCUUAUAUUAUACUAUCAAGCACUGAGAAUAGUCGAGCACACUGUCCACUGACAGCUCUUGUUUUAUAUCCUUGUCACUGUACCUGUCCUGGUAAAACUCUUCUUUCACUGAAGUAAAAAUUUCAAAUACUCUUUUAUUACCCAAUAAACGCACCUUCCUCCAAACAAAUAAAAAAAAAUUUGGGCUUUAAUAAACCUCUGCCUAUGCAAAAUGUAAUGCACCAUGAGGUAUAAAUAAGGGAAUAUACGAUAUUCAUGAAUAUCACUGAAACUGUGCAGAUGUUUUUAAUGUUAGGAGGGAGCAUUAUUCUAAGGGAUAUUGCCCUCUGUACAUGAGAUGCAACCUGAGUUCAAGUCGCCAUAUGACCUAUCAUGUGUCCGUGCAACGUUAAAUGCAAAAAAACAAAAAACAAAGCAACCUGAUUUCAAACACAACAAAGUAACGUGUUUUCAUGUUCUGGCUUCAAGUCCUCAUCAGAUGAAAUGAUAAAACAGUGAUAUAAAUCUGAUACAGCAAAACGGUGUUUAAUUUAGCAUCAGUAGCAAGUGCCCCAGGGCUGACUCGAGCAAUUAUUUUGGUCCUCUGCCAUUUCUCUUGUACUUUUUAUAUUUAAAUGACUUGAAUCUCUGGAUAACAUGAGCUUUUUGCUCAUUCGAUUUCAAUUACGGGGAUCAAUGUUUUGCUGUUUUUAUUUUUUAGUCUGAAGAAGGCUUGAAGUUGAAUUAUUUAGAGACAAAAGAGUAUUUAUUCUUGUAUCUUAUAAAGCUUCCCUUUGAAAUGAACUCUGAUAGAGAUAAUCCUUAUUGAUGGACUGUUAGUUUUAGUGCUGUGGAUUAUUCCAGAUUUGUACAUAAUAUCCAAAUCCUUUAGCGAAGUGUUUAUUGUAUGUAUUGAUAAUGGUUGUUACUUUUCUUUUGUAAAUAUGGCAGACACAAAUGUUUAUGGAUACCGUGUCAUUUUAAUAUGCAUCACAGGUUAUAUAUAUGUGUAUGAAUUGAUGUGUGGUACACUUUGAAAAGUUUAAAAUGUUUACAUGUGUGUGUAAUGAAGGUAGUCACGUUCAUUUUGUUUCCCCGUGUUAUUUUCAUGUUAAAAUCUUAGUCACGUUUAAUUUCCGUUAUAGCUUAAGGCAGUAAAAUACAUGCUUUAUACAUUUUUUUACUACAGGCAAAUGUUUCACGAAACCACAAGGAAAAUCUUUCAUACUUGUUGAUUAAAGGGCAGAUUGAAAUUUGAACAAAAAAGUUAUAUUUGUAUAUGUACAAUUUAGAAAGAAAAAGUUCCCAGAACAUAAUGAGCCAAAUAUUAGUUAUUAAACCUCUUCUAUCAGUUUCCUGAUAUGAUAUGCUUACCUAAUGCAACGAAGUAUUCAGACUUUCCAAGUUGACUAAAGCCAGUGGUCUGUCUUAUUCUAUAAUGAGUUUAUGCUAAAUAUAUUUUAGCUCGAGUCAUGAUAAAAAGUUCAAGCCUACUUGAACCACUCUUCGAGUAUUCUUCCUUGAAAGACUAAUAUGGGUGUGAUACGUGAACAUGUCUUGACUCCUUUGGGAUUUAAACUGAUGACUAUAGCUUGAGCUGCGAACACCUUAACCGCUAGACCAUCACUCUCCUUACUUAUAAAUUUUUAAGUACUGAAACAUCAUUCUUUGUAUAUAUCUGAGCUAUCAUUCUGUUGAAACAGAACUUAGUGUCAGUCAUCAUGCCACCCACACAGUUAGCUCUAUGCGGCUAGCGCAUACUGCUAUGAAUUUAGGAACUGAGAGUUCUUUGGCAGGUUGAGUGUUCUCUGUAACAAUAUGAUAUUUGUUAUGUCUGAUGUCUCCACUUUGAUUAAAGGUGGGAAGUUGUCAGUUACUUGUGGAGAGCAAAUGAGCACUGGAAUAGAAUCCAGUUACCAUAACUAGGGCAAUUUACCAACAUUAUAAAACUAAAAUAUUUUUUAAAUUCAGUGCUAGGCCCACAUUAAACAAAAUACAUUUUGAAAAUAUUACAUACAGAGCAUUUACAGAAUAAAUAAGAAUUGAAAUGAUGGCAAAAUAGAAGUUAAAGAUUGUUUCGAAUUUGAACGGACUUUUUAUAGCAAAACAUAAUUAUGGAAAAAGUUCUAAACCAUAACUGGCAUCUUUGUGUUUACUACAUGAACAGUCUUUAUUGGUUGGUUAUCUGAAAGUACCAGUAGUUUUGCAUGUUUGGGCAUGAUUUUGUUACCAGCUCCAAUUUUAUUGAUGAAUUUUGUAUAUUAUAUAACAUACAUUAAAGUGCUAGUAUACAUCUAUUUACAAUGUUUUUUUUAAACUUCUGUAUAAAAGAAGUAAAUGUGUAUAUAAGUUGUAAAUAUAAUAUUAUGUAGAUACAGCCUUUGUAUAUAUUAUAAUUUUUUAGUCUGCACAUGUAUAUAGCUUGACUGUACAUGAAUACAGCUGUACUGUACAUGAGUAUAGCCUUAUUGAGCAUUUUAUAAGCUUUAUUGAAGAUUUGCUUUACUGUACGGGAGUUGUGUAAAAGUUUUAAAAAGUCAAGUUUUGUGUUUACUUCUACCAUUAUUACUACUAUAUCAGUUCUUCACUACAGAAUUUGAAAUUGGUCUGACAAAAAAAGGUUGAUGUUAAUUUCACAAGUGGACCAUGGUCUGCACUGGUCGCAAAGGCAGAAUCUUUUGCAUCCAGCAGGCUACAGGGUAAUUAACCAAAAGAGUGUGAAUGAUGGUAUGACUGUUACAGCAGAAAUAUCACAUGUAUACUGAUAAGUCAGCCAAAUUAAUGGGAAACAUCAAAAUUAAUACUUGCCAAAAAACACAAGUUAUUUCUGCCACUGGCAUAUAACAGUGGAAAAAAUUCUUUGAUAUUAAAAAGUGAAAUGACAUAUAUGAAAUCUUGUGUGAAAAUUAAUGCAUUUUCUCUCACUAACUAUUUAUAAUUUUUCAGGUCAGCAAUGUAAUUGUCAAAGGGAUUUAUCUUUAUACAUGUGAUUUUUUUUCUUCAGUACUGAAGUAUACCUUUAAUUGGACUUUUGCCAUUUUAUAACUCCGGUCUAAUUUUUAACCUUUACUUUUAAAAGAUACACUGAAAGUAGACUGAAAUUUGAGAAAAAACAUACUGCUAAAAAUUAAGAUUUUGCCAAAAAGUCUGCAAUUUGAAUAUGAAAUGAAAGGAAAUUAUAUUUGUUUGUUGAGAUUUAAUUUUGUGGAUUGAAACAUCAUGAAAUACUAAAAAAAAUUAGUCCUCCCUGAGAAGUUGUGAUUUCACAGUGGAUGUAUGAGUUUUGACUAGUUUAUCAGAACCAGUAAUAAAGGGUAGGCUAUAAGAAUGUUAUGUAUGAAACUGAAAUACUUACAUUGGGCCUACUACAAUCUGUAACAAAGAGUAAGUAUAUUGGUAGUAAAAGGGUACAUUGAAAAUAAGAUAUGUAUAAUUUUGACAGUCCGAUAUAAACAUUUGUUUGUACUUUACCAUGUUGAUUUUUUCCGACUGUGUGUGCUUAUAACAACAAGUCGGGGUGUUGUUGAAAAAAAGAUAUUUCUUAACAAUGGACAUGAUUUGUAUCCCUUUAAAGUUUUCCUCCUAUCUCUGUUUGAUCUUCGACCAUCACAGUAUUGGUUUAAUUAGGAUGAGGGUGAGAUGUGCAGGUACAAUGAGUAAAUCUGUAUACAUCAUAACAAAGAUCAACAUAUCUUACAUUUCCACUUGUGGCUACCCACUUGUGAAAAUACUGCAGCUGGUGUUCACUUGUGAAAGAUAUUUCAAUCUUACACUGAAACAAACAAAUAUCCUUUUAUAUACUGUAAAAUCAUUUAAUUUUGUGGGCAUGAAAUUUCGUGGUUUUGGUCUAAACGGCAAUUUCAUGGGGAAAAGAAUUCGUGGAUUUCAACUUUUGAACAUAAAAUGAAUAGGAAUUUUACUUGUUCGUUGGGUUUAAAUUUUGUGGAUUGACUCAACCACGAAAUCCACAAAAAUUAGUCCCCCAUGAAUAUCAAUGAUUUCACAGUAAUUGUCAUAGAUUUUCAUUAGGGAUAAUAAUAGUCCUACCUUGUAUUUUCUUGAUGUAGGUUUGCUUAAUUUCUCAAAGAUAUACUAGAACCAAAUUUCGUAUUUGAAAAUAUGAACAGUUAAUAUAUGUUGUUUAUGUAAACAUAAAAUUAACAAGAGUGUGUGUAUUAACAAUACUAUGCAUUAGUUUGAAAAUAGUACACACUGUAUACUGAAUAGUUAAAACACUGUAUAAAUGUGUAGUACCGCUAAAUAUACUGGAAGUUUUUUAUCGGAUGACUGUUACCGCACGACAUGUAGCUCUAUAUACAGUUAUUAUAUAUAUAUAGUAACAUUGAAUACAUUUGAUGAGAAAUUUGAAGUAAAAUAUUUUGGUAUAAGAUGGGCAUUGAAUGUCUUUAAUGUAGUGGUCUGUCAGUUUCUACUGGAUUAUGUAUUUCAGCAUUGUAUGGUAGUAUGGAAAGCCACAACCACAUAAUCAUUAUGACCUAAAAAUGCUAAAUUAACUUACUAGAAUUCAUAAGAAUACAGAAAUCUGUAGAAAGAACCACUGAUAUUUAGAAUAAAUAAACACAUAGAAAUUGCUAAGAAUACAUAAACACACGGGAAAUGUUGAGAAUACAUAAUCACAUGGGAAAGAAUUGCCAAGAAUAGGUAAUCACAUGGGAAAUUGCUAAGAAUUCAUAAACACAUGAUUUUUUGCCAAGAAAACAUAAUCAUACGGAAAUUACCAAGAAAAUUUAACCAUUCAGGAAUUGCCAAGAAUAGGUUAUCACACAGAAUUUGCCAAGAACACAAAAUUACACUGGAAAAAUUGAGAAUACGUUAUCACAUGGUUAUUGCCAAGAAUACCUAAUCACACAGGAAUUGCCUAGAAUCUCUAAGCCCAUGGGAAUUGCCAAUAGUCAUGAAUUUAUGGGUUCUCUACCUGAAGUAGCAGAAUUUUAAACAUAAUAAUCCAAUACUGUCAUAUAUCCUGCAUAGUACAUAUAGCCACUAUGUGAAAUCACAGUAUGUGAGAAUACAUGUCUUAUUUAAAGAUUAGUUGACUGAUUAUGAAAAUGCUAGUUCGUGUAACCACAUUGUGAUAUAAUUUGUAUUAAUGAAGAGAAGUUGUUUAAGUUAUGCUGUGAUUGUUUCUACUGAUUAGAAUAAACAAUUCAACUGUAA